AAGACAGGAUCUGAUCUAUCAUGACUGCAAGGAUCCAGGGAGCGACAGGAAAGGACAAACCUGUGCCAAAGAGCAGAGCAACAGAGAUGAUGGUGAGGGCCAGGAGAGCUCUGUGGCUGAUACUGGGCAUGCUCAGUCUGUCUCUGCUGCUGGUGGUGCUGGGAGUCUACACAACAACCCAAACAGAGAGCCUGAACGUGUCUGGCUACACUUCUGGAGUGAUUCUGACCCUUGGAUCGUUCCUGGGGCUUCUGGGACUCCGCCUGGAAGAAAACCGCAAACAGCUGCUGACAGCUGCGAUUGUGUUCCUCAGCUUUGGGAUCAUCACCUCUUUUUUCUGCGUGGUGAUUGAUGGCGUCUGUAUUGUCUUAAACAUGGACAUGCGUCCGCUGAAAGCAGGGCGAUGUCAGUAUUACAGCAGCGGCAGCAGCUACAUCUAUGAGAGCUUUUACACUGUCGUGUCUUGUUGGAAUCCAAAGGAGUCUUGUAACAUGACCAUACGAAGUGGGACCUGUUACUGCUGCGACCUGUACAACUGCGCCAAUGGAGACUACCUCAACAACUACUACGAGUUUGUUGGAGUACAAAGCUGUGCAGAGGUUUUCACCUUGUACAUAUUAAUUUGGGCACUCACCGGCCUAAACCUCGUGGCCUUCUUCACAGGCAUCCUUACCACAGCGGUGCUGGGCAGCAUCAAGGACUUGAGGAGUAGCAGCCCUGUGAUCGAGCCCUCUGUGAGCACAGCAUCUUCCCCUACAGCUCCUCUGCUGAUGGACGCCAACACACACACAAUUCACCAUCUCCACCCAGGAGCCUCCAUGUAUUGCUCUCCAGCAGAAGGGACAGUUGCCUCAUCGUUGACUCCCACCCACCUCCCGUUGCCCCGUUAACAAGCCUGCUGCCUUACAGGGUCAACGGCCUCCACGCCAGAACAGCAGACAGAACAGAAAAUGUCAAACAGAUAAACUGGUACCAUUAUUAAUAUUGCUGUUAUUGUUGUUGUGAGGAAGGGAGGAUGUACAGGAUGUACUCACGCUUAUAUUCUAUAAAAAUAUGCAGAAAUAACAAUUUUACUUCACUGUAUUUUUCUCAGAAAUGUCAAGCUUAAGUUAAAUGUUUGUAAAUUAAAUGUUUUUAAUAUAAAUGUGUCAACUGCACGUGUAUAAGAGGACAAAAGCAGCUCCUUCAGCAACAGAAGAACUCUUACACUUUAACACCAACAUGACUUUUUCUACAUAUUUCUUAUUCAUGAGUAAUUUCUCAUCCACCAUGUGUACAUGUGAGCUGCUGUGACGUGUGAAUUUCCCCGGAGCAGGAUCAUUAAACCUAAACUUUGACAAACAUCACUCACACCAAGAGUUAAAAUUUCAACUGGAGUCCUUGUGCAGCUCGUAUGCAUGGACACAGUCAAAUAGUUUCAACUUUUUUUAUCAGGAGAGUCUGGAAAAUCCACAAGGUCUCCAUUAUCUCUCCCAAAGACUCUUCACUUAAAGACACAUGUGAAGAGACCCUUCAAGUUGACAAACCAUGUGAACGCACAAAUCAAGCAUUCCCUCACACAGCCAAACUUAGUCUGACCCACACAAGUCUUUGUACAAAUAUUAGCAUUGUGUGUGAUUUCCCUGGUCACGUGUGUGUGUUUGAUUUAUGUCCUA